AGUCUGUCAGCGAUCCCAACAGUCCCAAGCUGAACAAAACUAAAACCGGCCGCCAAGCUAAAUCCCCAAUGGCGGCGCCCCCGCCGCCGUCUCCCCGCACUGCCGCGUGAUGCCGGCCACCUCCACCUCCGACGAUCUCCACGCGUUCCUCCGCCGCGGCCUCCGCUCUCACGCCGCCGUGCUCCGCGCGCACGCCUUCCUCCUCCGCCGCGGCCUCCUCCUCGGCCACCCAGUCCCCGCCGGCCUCCUCCUCUCCGCCGCCGCCUCCUCCAUUUCAUCCCCUUCACCGCCCCCGGCCAUCUACAUCCUCCGCCUCCUCCUCCGCCACCUGCCGCCGCCGCUCCCGCUCUUCUCCCUCGACGCCGCCCUCCGCGCCCUCGCCCGGCGCCGGGUUCCGUUCCCCGCGCUCCUCUCCCUCUUCUCCCGCCUCCUCCGCUCCUCCCACUGCGUCCCCUCCUCCGGCUUCCCGGACCUCUUCUCCUUCCCGCCGCUUCUCUCCGCCGCCGCGUCCUCCGCCUCCCCGCGCGCCCACCUCCCCGCGGCUCUCUCCCUACACGCGCAGCUCCUCCGCCGCGGCCUCCUCCUCGCCCCACCGCCCCACGCCGCCAACGCGCUCCUCCAUUUCUACGCCGGCGCCGGCCGCCUCCCCUCCGCGCGCCGCCUGUUCGACGAAAUGCCGUCCCGGGACAUCGUCUCCCACAACACCAUGAUGACGGCCUACGCCGCCGCUGCUGUUUCAUCCGGCGGCAUCGAUGCUGCCCGCCAGUUGUUUGACGGUAUGCUGCUCCGGAACGCGGUGUCCUGGAACGUCAUGGUCACCGGGUACGUGAGGGCGAAGCGGCCCGAGGAGGCGCUGGAGGUGGUGCGGUGGAUGGCGGGGGCCGGGGUGAGGGGCACCGCGGCUAUGAUGGUCGGGGCGGCCACCGCCUGCGCCAGGCUGGGCAGGCUGCGGUCCGGGAGGGAGGUCCACUGCGCGUUCAUGCGCCGCUUCGAGGAGGAUAACCUGUUGGUUUGGACCUCGUUGGUCGAUAUGUAUGGCAAGUGCCGGAAGUUGGAGGCUGCGAGGAAGGUGUUUGAUCGGCUCAGAUUCAGGAACCUUGUUUGCUGGAAUGCGAUGAUCGUCGGGCAUUGCGUGUAUGGCGAACCUGGUGAUGGGAUUCAGUUGUUCCAUGAGAUGAUUGGACGAGGGAAGAAUGGUUCAGAUGACAAAUUGGUUCUACGACCAGAUGAGGUCACUUUCGUUGGUGUCCUCUGUGCCUGUACCCGUCUAGGCCUCGUGGAUGCUGGGAAGGUAUAUUUUGCGGAGAUGAGCACGAUGUACAGUCUCAGGCCAACAUUUGCGCACUAUUGGUGUAUGGCAAAUUUGUUAGGGAGUGUUGGGCAUCUGGAAGAAGCUGAGGGCCUCUUGAAGAGUGUUCCAGGGGAGCUGAAGGCGCGUGCAUUGGGUGGUUUGCUCGGGUUGUGCCGGUUCCGGGGGGAGUGGGAACUUGGGGAACGGAUAGCCCUCAGGUUGAUCGAGCUGGAACCAAGCAAUUGUGCCCACUACGCACUUCUGUGCGGAGUGUAUGCUUCGGCAGGAAGAUGGGAAGAUGUCCACAGAGUGAAGUCUAUCAUAAAGGAAAGCGAUGAAAGGUUCAGUCCUGGACAUCGUCUGGUGGAUUUAAAUGAAAUUGUUCAUCAAUUCAAAGUCAGGGAGAGGCAACCUGAGAAUCAGGAAAUAUAUGUUAUCUUGGAUGACUUAGUGUCAAAACUGAAGUUAACAAGUUGAGAAGAUGUGCAAACUGAACCCGGAGUAAAGUAGUCCACAGAUCAUUUCCGAGCUGCACAGUUUUUGAGCAGGCAGCUAGUCGGAACAGCAGGCUAUGUUGUGAACCCACAUGUAAGACAGGGUUGCAAGAAGCAUAGCCUCCUGUGUAUUUGUGGAAAGCCACAUAAGGUUCUCUUGAAUCAGAUGAUCCUCUGUUCAAGUACUUUGCACGUACAGAUGCAUACAAGGGACAGUCCACUGAUGAUACGAGAAAACCCAGAAUGCCCUGUUCUUCAUGGAAGUCCUGUGAUAGCAGGCAUGGUUGUGCCUGGCAGCCUGGGAGGAUAAGAUGGGGCUCUUGAGAUGUUACGAAAAGGAUCGCGUUGCAGCAUUUCUGCUGGUUCUUGUUGAUUGAAAUUGCAAGUUUGGACAUGCUGGUGCUGCAACGAAGGAAACAGAGCUGAUCAGGGAUGGCCUGUAGUUAUUUACCGGUCAUACAUUUGGCAGAGGAUGAAGGGUGCAGCCAUGAAAUACUCUUUUCCUUUUUUUUACACCGAAAGUUGACUGUAAUUGGCAGUAUGGCAUAGGGCAUUAUUUAAGAGAAUUUUUGUCUCGUGUAAAGAUUUUUUACCUUUGUUCUCUUACACAUCUCUUACGGUCAGCCAGUCAGGCCAAUGUCUCCUGAUGACAAUUACGGGUAACUGGUAAAUUCCAUUUGAGCCAUUUGUUGUAGAAUAGCAGAAUGAUUGAACACGAUGAGUCUUUCUACUUCCGUCCCUAUUGUUGGCAGCAUUGUUCAACUUUAUAGGAAAGCAUGAUGCACUAUUGUUGGAAGCAUUGUUCAAAGG